CCAAACCUUGAACCUAAGCCAAUUGGCACAGUCAAUGUAAACAGGUGGUUCAGGCCAGGUAUAAUAUAAUAAAUGGUCCUCAACUGAUCAUUGCCUUUAGGGAAUUUGGCCAGACAUAUCACUGACCUCUGGUCUAAGGAACUUGAAAUCCUUCUUCCCAUGUCAAUAGCAUCCCAUGUGGUUGGUCUGUAUCUGGGUAGGGCAGGUACUCUACUCCCUGAAGUGAACAAGUGCAAAGACAUGGCUCAGUUUCCCAGGAUAGUACUGGGGCAGAGGUUUCUUUAAUUCAACUAACUUUUGAGAUUGACAGUUCUUAGGGACAGUUUGGAUGAAGUGGGCCUGGAGCAGAGAAUUUAAAUUUCCUCUAUCCCCUAAACUAUUAUACCAGUAAUAAUAAGAAUGACAAUGGUGAUCUUAUCCCCUACAGUCAGCCUUAGGGUCUGGUGGGAUUGUAGGUAUCGGGAGGCCUCCCCGUCCCAUUCCUCUUUGCAGCAUGCUCGAUGAGGAAUACAUUCUCUUGCAUGGGUCUGAGUUGGAGAGAAAAGGCAGACACCUGCGGCAGAAGGGAAUCUCUGUCAUAAGGUGUGGCUUCCUUGUCUUGUUGGUCCUGCCUCAUGCUACUUUGUCCCUUGCGAGUCUUUAUGGGCUUACCUGCACAGCGGCACAGUAAUCUCAGGCCUGCUUCUCCUCUGGCCAAAGGGGGUACAGGGCCACAAAGAGUGGGGGCGGAAGCCUGGAAGCUGCUGGGUGGCGCAGGUGCAGGCACAGGGCGGUGUCUUUGUUCUUGCACUCAUUCAUCCCCUCCCCCUUCCUCCCCGGAAACCAGUGACUCUGCCACCACCAGUAUUGGAGAUGCUGAGCUGUGGGGGCCAGGCCCAGGGAGGGGUGAGAGUGAAGGGGCCUGCAGCGGCUAUCAGGUCAUAAACCAGGCUGACCCUUCGGCACAGGACUUGCAGACUUGGCUCCCACAUCAGCAGUCAUGAGGAGCAGAUGUGACAAUUACACUUCGGAUCAGCUAGUGCCCGGAAUCCCCUCCAUUGCCCAGGCCUGGGGACUAUGGGCCCUCUUAGGGGCUGCGAUGCUGCUGCUUCUCAUCUCACUGGCUGUGCACUUGUUCCGAUGGACUAGUGGCCGAAGCCAGAGCCACCCAGGACAGAGACGCCCUGGAGGGUCUGUGGAAGAGGUCCCUCUGUAUGGGAACCUGCAUUAUCUUCAGACUGGUCGGCUGUCUCAGGAACCAGGGCCAGAUCAGCAGGAUCCAACGCCUAGAGGCCCCAGCACGGCUGCAGAGGAAGUGAUGUGCUAUACCAGCCUGCAGUUGCGGCCUUCUCAGGGCCGUAUCCCCAGCCCUGGAACCCCCAUCAAGUACUCAGAGGUGGUGCUGGAUUCUGAGCCAAAGCCCCAGGCCUCAGGCCCUGAGCCUGAGCUCUACGCCUCAGUGUGUGCCCAGACCCGCAGAGCGCGGGCUUCCUUCCCAGACCAGGCUUAUGCCAAUAGCCAGCCUGCACCCAGCUGAGAUAGAGGGCCUGGCAGAGUGGGGCAAGCAUCGCCCCAGCCUCCAUUAGCCUACUGCUACCCUGUCCCUGGAAUGACUGUUUCCCAGCCGCCCCCCACCCCCACCCAAGACAUGCAGCCAUUGCCCAGUCACAGGAGGUAACGUUCCCCAAACUUCCUAUCUGAGCUAUGAGGGACACAUCUCAGGGGAAAAGUAGGUCCCCAGUUUCUUGGGGGAGGGAGGAAACAAAGGCAGUGGCCCCCUCUCCAUCCACCUCCCCCCAUCUAUUACUCUAAGGCCCCAAGCUCCUAGGUUCUCACUUCCUCCUCCUUGUGGAUUUUAACCAGAUCUUCUCCACUCCCGCUCCUUUAAAGUCUACCCCUAACACUUUAGUGUUCCCUCAGACACAGGAAGUGGGCAGUGGUGGAAAGGGGAACAGCCUGAGAGGACAAGGAUGGGUAUACUCCUCAGGAGCCCAUAGUCUGGAGGGAUCCUGGAAUCUAGUGACCUGAGGAACCCAAGCCUGGCUUCUUAUCUGAGAACACUGGCAGGAGAAUACCAGUCCACAUCCUGCUGCCUCUGUUGUGUCCCCAAGUUUUCAAAUAAAACUUCUACGUCUCA